CUCUCUCUUUCUCUCUCGUCUUCGUCGCUCACGCCAGAAAUGCCUCGCGGGUACCAACGAGCUCCGUCAAUAGAGGAAGCAGCAACAGAGAUUCCGGCGGAGAAGAAGCUCCAUCCAAAUUUCCCUUUCCUCAUCUCCUCAAAUGGUCUCGACGACGGCUACUCAGACCUCGAUCACGACGAUCAAUUCGAGUUCAGCAUCGACACCGAUGUUCUCGUAGACGCCAAAGAAGUAUCCAUAGAGGAACUGAUCGGCGAAGGCUCCUCUUCUAAAGUCUACAAAGGAUUGUUCAGGAAAGUUCAGCCUGUCUCAGUGAGGAUAUUCCUGCCUGAAGGAGCGUCUGCUGUUAGCAUUGAGCAGAAGAGAAAGUUUCAAAGGGAGGUUCUCUUGCUCUCCAAGAUUCAACAUGAAAACAUUGUCCAGUUUGUUGGGGCCUGCAUACACCCAAAGCUGAUGAUUGUUACUGAACUCAUGGAAGGCAAUACUCUUCACAAGUUUAUGUUGAGUGUUCGUCCAAACCCCCUUGAUCUCAAGCUCUCCAUUAGCUUUGCGUUGGAUAUUGCUCGUGGGAUGGAGUUCUUGAAUGCAAAUGGCAUCAUUCACCGUGAUUUGAAACCUAGUAAUAUGCUGUUAACAAGGGAUCAGAAACAUGUGAAGUUGGCUGAUUUUGGACUUGCUAGAGAGGAAACUAAAGGUUUCAUGACUUGUGAAGCUGGUACCUAUAGAUGGAUGGCUCCUGAGAUAUUCAGCCACGAGGCACUUCAAGUUGGGGAAAAGAAACUGUAUGAUCACAAGGUGGAUGUGUACAGCUUCGCCAUCGUCUUCUGGGAGUUGCUCACCAACAAAAUCCCAUUCAAAGGAAAGAACAACAUCUUUGUUGCUUAUGCUGCCAGUAAAAACCAGAGACCAAGUCUGGAUAAUCUUCCUGCAGAAGUUGGUAGUCUCCUUGAAGCAUGCUGGGCAGCGGAUCCUAAAGCUCGUCCCGAGUUCAAAGAGAUUACGGUUUCACUAGAAAAACUGCUUAGAAGCUUAUGCUCCGAUGAUGAUGCCGAGGAUCAGACAAUCAGUUUGGUUCAAGAACGUGUUGUCUAUGACUUCCCCAAGCUGAAGAUGAAGACUACUACUAAGAAGAAGAAGAAAAAUAAAGUGAUGAAUGUGAUGGCUCCGUUUCUCAAGAUCUUCAGAGAUUGUAUUCCCAAGUAGAAGAAGAGAGAGUGUUCCUUUUCAUAUAGCAGCUGACCAUUACAAUUUUGCAGACAUUCGAUACAAAGUAUACCAAUUCAUGUG